AUGGCACUUGCAAGGCACGUCAACCCUGACAAGCUUCUCCAGGACGCGAGGGACCACAAGGCUAAGAACCAUGCCCAUCACCUCACUAAUACGGACCCAACCUCCUCCGUUUCGGCCUAUGGAGCGCGUUAUGGGACUUACCCGCUGCCGAAGUACAAGAUCCCGUCAAAGGGCACGGACGCAGAGGCAACAUAUCAGCUUGUACAUGAUGAGCUUUCACUUGAUGGCUCUCCACUUCUCAACCUCGCUUCAUUCGUGCAUACAUGGAUGCCCGCUCCUGCAGAUAAGCUUAUGCAAGAGAACAUGAACAAGAACUUGAUUGACCAGGAUGAGUACCCUAUGACGCAGAUGAUCCAUGAACGCUGUGUCUCCAUGCUCGCGGAUCUUUGGAAUGCUCCGAACGGUAAGCAGGCUAUUGGAACAGCUACGACAGGUUCCUCCGAGGCUAUUCAACUUGGUGGGCUUGCCAUGAAGCGCAUCUGGCAAGAGAAACGCAAGGCUGCUGGUAAAAGUAUCCAUGAGCCCGGACCCAAUAUUGUCAUGGGCGCAAAUGCGCAGGUUGCUCUUGAGAAAUUCGCUCGUUAUUUCGAGGUUGAGUGUCGCUUGGUUCCGAUCUCCGAGGAGAGCAAGUAUAGGCUGGACCCGAAGAGGGCCAUGGAGUACGUCGACGAGAAUACGAUUGGCGUGUUCGUCAUCCUUGGAAGUACAUACACUGGUCACUAUGAACCCGUCAAAGAGAUGUCCGAUCUUCUCGAUGAGUAUGAGAAGAAAACCAGCCAUCAUGUCCCUAUUCACGUGGAUGCAGCUUCUGGAGGAUUCGUCGCACCGUUUGCAACUCCCAAGCUAGCCUGGGAUUUCCGUCUUCCGCGGGUUGUCUCCAUAAACACGUCUGGACAUAAGUUUGGACUCGCAUAUGUUGGUGUUGGUUGGGUAAUCUGGCGUGACAAGGCGCACCUUCCGAAGGACCUCAUUUUCGAGCUGCACUAUUUGGGGUCCAUCGAGUACAGUUUCUCGCUCAACUUCUCGCGCCCGGCUGCACCCAUUAUCGCCCAGUACUUCAACUUUGUACAUCUCGGUUUUGAGGGUUAUCGCCGUAUUGCGCUGGCAGACCUGAAGAAUGCCCGUGUACUGAGUCGUGCGCUCGAAAAGAGUGGAUAUUACCAUGUUUUGAGCGAUGUGCAUCGCUUUGCGGACGGCGGUUCGAGCGUGAUCGAAGGUGCAAAACAAGCUGCGGGAGUCAAGAAUGAAGAGGAUGUUGAGAAUUAUAUUCCGUGCCUCCCAGUAAUCUCGUUCCGCUUUUCUGACCAGUUCAAAUCCAAGUACCCGAACAUCCAACAGAAGUGGAUGCAGACGCUUCUCCGUUCGAAGGGAUGGAUUGUACCAAAUUAUGAACUCGCACCUAAUCUGCAAAACGUCGACAUCCUUCGUGUCGUUGUGCGGGAGAACUUCUCGGAAGCACUUGUCGACCGCUUGGUCACUGACAUUAUAGAGCUUACUGAGGGUCUCAUGAAGGACGACUCUCCGGUGCACGCGCUCAGCACACUUGGCGCGACUCACAGUUCCGCUCGUCGUGGCAAUGGCAAACUCGAUGAAGACUCGGGACCCAAGAGCUCUGGCACGUACGCAAAGCAGUGCUAAAUCUGUCCUUGUGCCAUCGAUCAAGGUAACAGAAAUUCAUUGGCAAAUGGUGCAAAGAGACAUAUGGAAAGGAAUUCGCGGUUGUAACUGAGGACUUUCCCUCUUAUUCUCACGGAACAAAAGAAAAUGUAUGCGUAUUGGAUAUGAUGUGUCUUUGUACGAUACUGUGGAGGAGCAAUGCAAACUAGGACAAUGUUGUAUUCUGUAUUCUGAAAAUAUACGCACACUCGUCGAUAGCGAGUACUGC